AUGGGAGAGAUGACGUCCACGAAAAACUGCAUGAAAGCGACGAUAAUGAUCGCAAGCGUUCCUGUCAUUGUUAUUGGUGCCAUAUCUCUGGGUAUGGGGUUAUGGAUCGCAUUUGACAACCCGAGCUUCAUUGGAUUGACACACCUUGAAGAAUUUUCGGUCGUCGACCAAUCAUUUGUCAGAAAUGGAGCAUACAUCGUCAUUGCUGGCGGGGCAUGCGUACUUGCCUUUGGGAUAUACGGCGUGAUAGCUGCGGCAACAGAGAGUCCCGUUUUACUAGGAGUGUACGUUACACUGCUGUCACUGGUCAUGGCCAUUGAAGUUGCAGCUACCGUUUUAGGAGUGGUCUUUAAACACAUGUGGGAAGAGAACAUGGAGGAAUCAAUAGUUGCGAAGCUAGCGGAUAGAUAUGAUGGCAUUCUCAACAGCGACGAUUUUUUCACCUACCAUUUCAACAACUUUAUGGAAUGUUGUGGAUUUUACGACUAUAAAGAUUUCGUAACAAAUUCAACAAAAUGGAACCGGACAAUAGACUCGUCUGUUGCCAUGGUGAUCCCUCCCGCCUGCUGUAAACCUUCAUCGACUAAUGAUACAUCAACCCUACAGAACUGUGUGUACGAUCCUACACCGGACAACGCUUAUCUCACGGGCUGUCAGAAUGCUAUUGAAGACUUAUUUUAUCGCUAUGAGUGUGUUAUCAUAGGUGUAGCAGCUGCUAUUGUGUUUUGUCAGCUCUUGAUGAUGAUUCUGACACUCGUGAUGCUAUGUACCAAGGUAGACAACUCGUACACAUUUAAGGACGGCAAACAGAUAUGA